AUGGCACAACCCGCAUCACAAAAGCGGAAAAUGCCCCAACGAGUCACUCGUAACACCAAGAAAUCAAAACCCGCACCUGUUCCACCUUCUUCGCGUGCCAAACGAUCCACUAAACCAACCACCAAGCGAUCCACUAAUCACCAACAACCGCCAGCUGAAACAAACUCGUCGACAUCGUCAGACGAAUCUGACAAUUCAGAUUCGUCAGAGGAUGAAAAUGCAUGGGAGGAUCAAGAUGAAGAUGAUCAUGACGACCCAGCAACAGGCGCACAGCCACAAACACAGACUCAUCAACCUCAUUCAAAUGCUAGGCUCAAACACAAAAUCACACUUGAAAACUACCAGGAUCUCGACUUGGAUAUUUACACUAUCAACGAACUCCUUUCAGCCACUGGACGCAAAACUCGCAAUCGCAUCCCAUCUGAUAUCCAAAAAGAAUUGAAAAAUCUUCAAUUCAUGUACCGGCGUGCCAAGAAAAUGCUUGCAUUAGCUGCCAAAUGCAGCGAAAAGACAGUGAAUGAAUUCCUUGAGUAUCAGAACGAAACAAAACUUUUAUCAAAACUUUCUGAAGUAUAG